AUGAGGAAACCAACAAUAGAAGGUCAACUCUUUUAUGUUGAGGAGAUGGAUCAGUUGGCAGAUGAGCUUUUAGAAGAGCUAUCAUUGGAGGAUCCCUACAAAGCUCGAUCGAGCCUCGAACAAACGAACUCGAUCGAGCUGGGGACUGAAUGCAAGGAGCAAGCUCAAGGAGAUUGGUCUGAGCUCAAGGCGCCUAAAGUCGACCUCAAACCUUUGCCUGAGGGCCUCAGGUAUGCAUUUCUGGGUGAAAACUCAACUUACCCUGUCAUUGUGAACUCUGAUUUGGAACCUGAACAGUUGAGUGCUUUGCUUGUUGAAUUGAGGAAGUACAGAAAAGCAAUAGGUUACACUCUAGAUGAUAUCAAGGGAAUCUCCCCUGACCUAUGCAUCCAUAGGAUUCAUCUAGAGGAUGAAAGUAAGUCUAGCAUUGAACCUCAAAGGAGAUUGAACCCCAAUCUAAAGGAAGUAGUGAAGAAAGAGAUACUCAAGUUGCUUGAUGCUGGGAUAAUCUAUCCCAUCAGUGAUAGCACUUGGAUAUCUCCAGUUCAUUGCGUCCCAAAGAAAGGGGGGAUCACUGUCAUAAAAAUGACAAAGAGGAGCUGA